AAGUAAAGAGACAUAGGACAGUCUUGUGAUUACUUUCUGAUAAUCAGAGGAAAAUGUGGCUGGCUGUGUCGCUUGUAGUCGCUUUGAGUGUAUCAGGAUCAUCGGCAGUGUGUCCCUGUACAGAGGAGAGGCUUUGUCAGCCAGUGCAAAAUGAACACGAGUUCGAGGUAUUCGUAUUUGAUGUUGGGGGUAAAGCAUGGAAAUUCUAUGAUUGGUCCAUUGUGACGACAGUUGCUGCAUUUGGAAAAUAUGACGCUGAGCUAUUGUGCUAUGCUCAUUCUAAAGGAGCAAGACUGGUUUUAAAAGGUGAUGUGCCCCUCUUAGAUAUUGUGGAUGCUGCCAAAAGAAAAGCUUGGAUCAUGGAAAAUGUCAAUUUGGCUAAAAGACAGUUCAUGGAUGGCAUAAACAUUGACAUUGAGCAGGCUGUAGAAGAGUCUUCACCUGAGUACCAUGCUUUGACAGCCCUUGUCAAGGAGACAACUGAAAUGUUCCACAGAGAAAUUCCAGGUUCUCAGGUAUCAUUCGAUGUGGCUUGGUCACCUAAAUGCAUUGAUAAGCGCUGCUAUGACUACAAAGCAAUUGCAGAUUCCUGCGAUCUGGUUUUUGUUAUGUCUUAUGACGAACAGAGUCAGAUCUGGGGGGACUGCAUUGCAAUGGCAAAUGCACCUUUAAAUCAAACACUGACAGCAUAUGAUCAGUAUAUGGGGAUGAAAAUAGAUUCCAAAAAACUGGUGAUGGGAGUUCCUUGGUAUGGUUAUGACUACCUGUGUCUCAACUUAUCUCAGGAGGGCAUCUGUACAAUUCCUGAAGUGCCAUUUAGGGGAGCUCCUUGCAGUGAUGCAUCUGGAAAGCAAAUUCCUUACAGUACUAUAAUGAAGCAAAUCAAUAGCUCUGCGUCUGGAAGGCUCUGGGAUAAAAUCCAACAAGCUCCCUAUUAUAAUUACAAGGAUGACAAGGGGACCAUCCAUCAAGUGUGGUACGAUGAUCCAGAGAGCAUUUCAUUGAAGGCUGCCUACGUAGGACAGCAGAAACUGAGAGGGAUUGGCAUGUGGAAUGGAAAUCUCCUUGACUACACAGAUGACCCUGUUGUCCAGCAGCAAAGUGCAGAAAUGUGGAAUGCACUUAUCCAAAAGCAACAUACAGCAUCUAUAACGGUCUCCUAGAAGCCUCCUAUUUAGUAUUAAGUUUUUCCCAGAGCUAAUGAAAUACAUAUUGUAAGGCUUUUUUUCAACUGAAAAAAACAUAAAAUACUGAAAAACAUUCUCAGUAAAAAUGAAACUUUCCCACCAACUAAAUGAGUUGACUCAAAAGAUAUUGAAGAAUUUAUGCACUGAAGUUUUUAUUGUAAGCAAUGAUUUACAGUGUAAUCUUAAAACACUGAAUAAAAGAAUAUUUUAUAUUGUAAA